AUGCUGGAGAACCUAGCUGUGGCGAGAGGUAUCUUAGUGCUUAGCUUCCUCAGUCCCAUACAGUGUGCAAAUAUCCUUGUGUUGAUGAGUGUUCCUUCAGAGAGUCACUUCAUAUGGAUACGACCGAUCGUGAAUCGCUUAGCUGAGGCUCAUCACAAUGUGACGAUUCUGUCGGUUAACGUUGACCGUGCUGCACAGGCGAACGUUUCCUAUAUUCACCUGGAAAACAGCUAUUACACCCUGUACGGCAAUGGAACGGCGAAGAAUGACAUUUUGAAACGAUCUAAUGAAGGAGCAAUGAAGGCUACAAUAUCUUUCUACCGGUUUGCACUGCUGGGAUGCGAAGGCGCUGUCACCUCAGAUGGAUUAAAACGGAUUCUCCAAUAUCCGCCCCACUUUCGAUUCGAUCUCAUCAUCUACGACUUUACCUGUGGUCCUUGUCUGCUCGGUUUGAUGCACAAGUUCCACUACCCGCCACUGGUGAGCGUCACUGGGUUCGGUCUGCCACAGUUCACCGAGAGUUUAGUCGGUGGACAUAAGGCUUCCUCGUAUGUGCCACACUUUACGCAACUCACCGAUAACCCGAUGCCGUUUGGGCAACGUUUCGUUAACGCGUACGUUCACCUGUUUGAUAGUCUCUACCGGAAGUUUGUUUUCCUGCCGGAACUAACCGCAAUCGCUCAGCGACCUUUCGACUAUCCUCUGCCCGAUCUUGCCGAACUGGAAAAGCGUACGCUGAUAAUGCUGACCAACUCUAACCCGGCACUGGAUCCACCAGAAUCACUGCCACCGAAUGUCAUCCCCGUCGGGGGGCUACAGAUCGUCCCAGCCAAACCACUGCCGGAAGAGCUGGACACCUUCAUCUCGACCGCCCCGAAGGGCGCGAUCCUGUUCGCGAUGGGUACCAACUUCAAGAGUAAAAUGUUUACCCCCGAGCGGCAGCUAAUGUUCCUGGAGGCAUUCGCGGCCCUUCCCGAGUAUCACAUUCUGUGGAAGUUUGACGACGACCGGCUGCCCAGGCGUGCCACUCCGAAUGUGCUGGUGCGUCCCUGGAUGCCGCAGAACGACAUUCUAGCACAUCCACGUUUGCGUGCCUUCAUUACACACUGCGGACUAAUGAGCACACAGGAGGCAACGUACCAUGCGGUGCCGACGAUCGGUAUUCCCAUCUACGUCGACCAGCAUCUCAACCUACACCGGACGAUGCAAGCCGGGGCCGCCGUCAAGCUGGAGUUGGCGACCCUAACGAGUGCCAAAAUCGUGGAAGCGCUCCGGGAGGUGCUGGAAAACGACUCGUACCAGCGGGCGAUCAAUGCACGAUCGGCGCUCUUUCGCGAUCAACCGGAAAAGCCGCUCGAUCGGGCCAUCUGGUGGAUCGAAUGGGCCCUCCGGCACCCCCGGGAGGAACGACUUCGUUCGAAAACGAUCGAAAUGCACGCUUUCACCUCGAGCGGGUACGAUGUGGCAUUUUGUUCUUUGCUGUUGCUUCUUGCUCUAUUUGUUGUUGUCAGGAAAACGCUUUCGAGGCUAUUUUCCAGAAGUAAAAAGACGAGCAAAAGUAAAAUGUCCUAG